CAAGGUUUCAUUGGUUGGUGGAUGGUUAAAAGUGGCUUAGAGGAGCCGCCGUCUGAGUAUUCUCAGCCGAGGGUAAGCCCAUACCGUCUUGCAGCUCACCUAACCUCAGCUUUCGCCAUAUAUUGUGGACUUUUCUAGACCGCUCUCUCUGUUGUUAUGCCUGAACCACCAGCUGAGUCACUGGCUUGGGUUCGGGGAGCAGCUAAAGUGAAGAGGCUUGCAUUACCAGUAAGCUUCAUUGUUGGUAUCACUGCCAUCUCUGGAGCCUUUGUUGCUGGAAAUGAUGCUGGUCGUGCAUUCAACACGUUCCCGAAAAUGGGCGAUACAUGGAUCCCAGAUGGUAUAUUUGAGAUGAAACCACUUAUACGCAACUUCUUCGAGAACACAGCAACUGUUCAGCUCGAUCAUCGCCUUCUGGCGACCACUACACUGCUCGCGAUUGGAACAAUGUGGUGGUUCACAAGGAAGCUAGACAUACAUCCAGCUGUUAAGGCUUUGAUUGGAAGCACUGUCGCAAUGACUGCUGUUCAGGUGACGUUAGGUGUAUCAACUCUUCUGAGUUAUGUACCAGUGUCACUAGGGAGUGCACACCAAGCAGGAGCUUUAACAUUUUUGACUUUGAUGCUGCUUCUCAAUCACACUCUUCGGAGGCCAUCGCCUUCUCUUCUCAAAUCUCUUCCACAAGUCGCAAGUCAAAUUUCAGCUAAGCUCUAUUCACCAAAAUCAUUCCUUUUUUUCUUUCUCAUUUACUAAAAGAAGGAGAACGAUUCUUUUAUUUACGUGGUAAUUAUGCUAUCAAGUUUUCAUCGAAUCCUUGGUCAAUUAUGUUGUAUUAUCAAUCCUUGGUUUGGAAAAAAUAAAGUAGGGAAACAAAUAACAAAAGUUUCAUAUGAAUUCUGAGUGCUUUUAUUGUUUUUUUUUAAUUCAGUUUUGUUUAAGUUUGCGAUCUUUUCGUACUAAAUCGGUUCAUAUCUACAUUUGUGUUCGGUGU